AGAUAAUUUAGAUCGGAGGAAGUAUUGUCGACACAGUAGACAUUUCAGGUUUCCGAGAAUAAUAUAGCCUACAUGACAUUGUAGCAGUCGGUUUUUUGAUCGACCUUUAUUGUGGGGCUUUUUCAUUUUUACUCCAGCUGUGUGUGGAAUUUAGCUGUUUUUCUCGACUGCUUUGAUUCGUCAUGAUAUUACAAAGCCGUUGGACCGAAACAAUGAAAUGGCAAGUGAUACUGUUUUUCUCAAUGCUCUCUCUCUGUUAUGUGUUCGGGCAGGUAAGCUAUUCUGUUCCAGAAGAAAUGUCAAAAGGCUCGUUAGUCGGUAAGAUAGCACAAGAUUUAGGUUUGGACCUAAAACGGUUGAAAACGGGAAAAGCUCGCUUGCAUGUUGGAAACAGCGCUAAAUACAUUGAACUGAAUAAAGAAAGGGGGGUGCUUCUUAUCAAGGAGAGAAUGGAUAGGGAGGCUUUAUGCAAACAAACGACUCCCUGUGCUUUACACUUUCAAAUGAUUUUGGAAAAUCCCAUCGAGUUCUACCGUGUUACUGUAGAAAUAACAGAUAUAAACGACAACGCCCCGAUAUUCAAAAUGAAAGAUAUGGUAUUUGAAAUAAGCGAGUCGGCUGUGAAGGGGUCAAAAUUUAUAUUAGAGAAAGCACUGGAUUCUGACGUUGGAAUAAAUGGGCUUAAAAGCUACUCCCUUAACCCAACAGAUAAUUUUGCUUUGAAACUCAACGACAACACUAAUGGGGGGAAAGAAAUAGAGAUGGUUUUGGAGAAACCUCUUGAUCGAGAGAAAGAGGAGCAGCUGACUCUUACACUAACAGCCGUCGACGGAGGUGAACCUCAGCUCUCGGGGACAGUGCAAAUUCAUGUAACUAUAUUAGAUGUCAAUGACAACGCACCGGUUUUUACACAGUCAACGUACAAAAGUAGUUUAAUGGAAAAUUCUCUAAAAGGAACUCAACUGAUUACUGUUACAGCCACCGAUAAAGAUGAAGGAACAAAUGGUUUCGUAACAUAUUCGAUAUCAAAUAACAUUGAUGGAAUUUCUGAUUUAUUUGAAAUACAUGAGACAAGCGGGGAAGUACGGUUGAUCGGAAAUGUAGAUUAUGAAACAUCGAAACAUUAUCAGCUCAAUAUUAAAGCCAAAGAUCAGGGUGGUCUCAGUGACUCGUGUAAGAUUAUGUUUGAUAUUACUGAUGUAAAUGAUAAUAGCCCAAUAAUAGAUUUAAUGUCGACUACUCAAUCGGUUCCAGAAGAUUCCACCUUAAAAACCGUUGUUGCAGUUAUGAACGUGCAUGAUGCUGAUUCAGACGAUAAUGGAGUAGUUAAAUGUUUCCUAAAUGACAAUGUACCUUUUAAUAUUGAGAGUACAUCAAAUAGCUUCUACAGCAUCAUAACAGACAGUGAUUUAGACAGAGAGAGAGCAUCAGAAUAUAACAUCACUGUGACCUGCUCUGAUGAGGGAGUGCCCUCCCUCUCCAGCAGCGUCACUCUCACCUUACAGAUCUCAGACGUUAAUGAUAACGCACCUGUCUUUGAGAGAAGCUCAUAUGAGGCCUAUAUUGUAGAAAACAACACGCCAGGUCUCUUGAUAUUCACAGUCAAAGCCACAGACGCUGACUGGAACCAGAAUGCCCGUGUUUCUUACAUACUGGAGGACUCCUCCGUUAACGGAGUGCCAGUCUCCUCAUAUGUGUCGGUUAGUGCUAAUAGUGGAGUCAUCCAUGCAGUGCGCUCUUUUGACUACGAGCAGAUCAAAGAUUUCCACUUCCGCGUAAAAGCGCAGGAUGGAGGCUCUCCUCCACUCAGCAGCAACGUGACUGUGAAAGUAAUGAUCCGGGACCAGAACGACAACCCCCCUCAGGUUCUGUACCCAGUCCAGACUGGUGGCUCUCUGGUGGCUGAAAUGGUGCCUCGUUCAGCAGAUGUGGGCUAUCUGGUGACUAAAGUGGUGGCUGUUGAUGUGGACUCUGGACAGAAUGCCUGGCUCUCCUAUAAACUGCAGAAAGCCACAGACAGGGCGCUGUUUGAAGUGGGCUUACAGAAUGGAGAAAUCAGAACUAUCCGCCAAGUCACUGAUAAAGAUGCUAUCAAACAAAGUCUGACUGUUAUAGUGGAGGACAACGGGCAGCCCUCUCGUUCAGCUACAGUCGUUGUUAACGUGGCGGUGGCGGACAGCUUCCCUGAAGUGCUGUCGGAGUUCACUGAGUUGACACACGACAAGGAGUACAAUGACAACCUGACUUUUUACUUAGUCUUGGCUCUGGCUGUAGUUUCCUUCCUCUUCAUCACGUGUUUAGUGGUUAUUAUAUCAGUCAAAAUCUACAGAUGGAGACAGUCUCGCAUCCUGUAUCACUCCAACCUGCCUGUCAUUCCAUAUUAUCCACCACGUUACUCAGACACUUUGGGCACAGGGACUCUUCCACAUGUGUACAAUUACGAGGUGUGCAGGACGACUGACUCCAGAAAGAGUGACUGUAAGUUCGGCAGAGCUGGUAGUCAGAACGUGCUGAUAAUGGACCCCAGUUCUACAGGAACGAUGCAGCGGAUACAGAGUGAAAAGAGCAUCCUGGAUGAACCAGACUCUCCUCUAGAGGUCAGUUAA